GGAUCAACUUCCCGGGGCCGCGGGGGGACGGGCGGGGCCGCCAUGGAGCGGGCGGGCGGCAGGCUGUAGCUGAUGCCCAGGCCCCCCUGGCAUGAUGCCGUCCAGGACCAAUCUCUCUGCUGGGAUCCCCAGUAGCAAAGUGAAAUAUUCCAAACUCUCCAGCACCGACGAUGGGUACAUCGACCUGCAGUUCAAGAAGAGCCCACCCAAAAUCCCCUACAAGGCCAUCGCGCUGGCCGUGGUGCUCUUCAUGAUCGGGACCUUCCUCAUCAUCAUCGGCGCCCUGCUGCUGGCGGGGUACAUCAGCAAAGGGGAGACCGACCGCGCCAUCCCCGUGCUCAUCAUCGGCAUCCUGGUGUUCCUGCCCGGCUUCUACCACCUGCGCAUCGCCUACUACGCCUCCAAGGGCUACCGGGGCUACUCCUACGACGACAUCCCCGACUUCGACGACUGAGCUGUUAAUGAACGCGCCCUAAUUAGGCCGGCGGUGCCCCCGGGUGCCGCAGGG